CCCCCAGGACAUCCCGCCUGCCCUUGAAACCGCCCCUAGCAGUGAGCUCCGGGACACACUUCCUGGGCCAGCUGCCUCCAGGAAAGGGAGAUUGUGAGCCAACCCGGACAGCUGGCACGCCGCCUCCCAGCCCCCUUCCGCCGGUAGGACUGGGGGAGCCCUUCCCCCGGCAAAGAAAGGGGGGUCCUGCCCAGAAAUCCGAGGGGCUCCGGGGCACAACGCCAGGAAAGGAUCAGUUGCAGCGGUGCUGGAACAAUGUGCACGGGCGGGGGAGGGCUCUGGAAUGUAAAUCCCGGGAAACCAUUUCCCCCAGGGGGUGAGGCAGCCCCCGGGGCUUAUUCACCAGCCAGGGGAGGGAAGGGCGGUUUCUCCAUUUCCCCACUUUGUAAUGAGUUAAUUAACUAGUUUAUCUGCCGCUGAAUUACUUUUACCGCCAUGUUACUGGCUGUCACUUCCUCCAGCUCAGAGGAACAGCUCAGUUAAGGGGUGGGGCGCGGGGCGGGGUGACUUUCACUUUGACAUUUCUUCCUCCUUUCUGUACUGGGGAGGAGGAAAGUAUGAAAAGCAGCCAAAAGUUGGGCUUUUGCUGCCAUUUCAAAGCAAAACGCAGGGUGGAAAAGCCAGAUAAACGCGCGCGGGGGGGGCUUCCCUGGCAGGUUUUGGUGCUGACGGUUUCUGUGGAAAGUGAAAAUAAUUUCUUAGGAGAAGAUGCUGAUUUUGCAGGAGGCCCAGCUGUUUCAAGGGGCUCUGGCUCAGAUCCCAUCCUGCACAUGGCUGGGCACAAGGACUCAGGGGUGUGGGUUUUGUGUCUCUCUGCGGGCUGGUACCCGGAGCCUCAUGUACUCUGGAGGAAUGGCCGUGGGGAGACCCUGAGCCCCGAGUCUGAACAGAAACCGUGCAGUGACGACGGCCUAUUCAACGUCUCCAGCUCAUUGGUGGUGCUAGAGAGCUCAGACCCAGCACUGACCUGCACCAUCAGAGCCGGCUUCUCUGGCCCAGAGAGAGAGACGACAAUUCGUAUCACAGGGCUCUUCCCCAGGCACGCUCCGGAAAUGAUGGCCUUUUUCAUCCUUCUACCGGUAUCUCUCUUCCUCGUGCCCUUGGCGGUUUAUCUCUUCCGAAAGCUCCAGGUUCUCAAAGAGGAGACGUCCAAAGAGCGCGAAUGGAGACAAUUUCUUGAUAAAGUGUCCCUGUCAGCAGCAGAGGUGACGCUGGACCAGAGCACCGCCAACCCCUUCCUGAUGCUCUCAGUGGAUGGCAGAAGUGUGACAUGCGGCAUCCUCUGGCAAGACGUCCCCAAGAGCGACCGGAGAUUCGACCCCCUCCCCUGUGUCCUGGCCUCCCAGUGCUUUGCAGAUGGGCAACACUUCUGGGACGUGGAGGUUGGCUGGUGGGGAGACUGGGCCACCGGGGCAGCCCGGGGCUCCAUGGAGCACAUAGGGGCAUUCCGGCUGUCCCCAGAUGUGGGGGUCUGGGCUCUGCAGUGCCAGGAGGGGGAGUGGAGUGCUCUCACCUGCCCUGAGACCCUGUUGCAGCUGGAGUCAGCACCCAGGAUAGUCCGGGUGCAUCUGGACUGCAAGCGGGGCAGCCUGGCCUUCUACAAUGCUGAGAGCAUGUCACAUAUCUUCACCUUCACUGGCUGUUCCCGGGAACCUCUCUUCCCCUUCUUCUUGCUCUGGACCUCUGGGACGCAGCUCACCAUACUACCUCCGGGGCAGAGAAAGGCCAUGGAGAGGGACAGGACAAUGUGCACAGUAACACCCAAACUGGGAAAAAGGCAGGGCAGUCUUAUAGAACUUCUGAUCACGCCAGGGCAGAGUUAAGGGUGUUUGGCUGGGAAUUCCCUUGCGUUCAAAGGGGCAAAAUUAAGAGUGUUAUAUUCCUUUGUCUUCCAAGGGGCAGAGUUAAGGGUUUUUAACCAGGAAUUUCCAUGCAAAGGGACAGCAUCUGUCUUUGCUUCAGCAUCUUUGGUUUCUUUAUUUCAGUUUCUUUCUGGUUCACUUUUGGGAAUGAAAUGAUCAGCAGCAAUUUCUGACCCCUGGGAAUGGCCAGGGGCCCUUAACCCCUAUCUGACCAGGAAAGACAGGGGCUAAUUGUCAUGGUUUGAUCCUUGACAAGUCCCCCGUGGCCUUGGAAGAAAGCAGAGUCUGGGGCAAGGCAGGACCAGAGCAGACCUGCUCUGCUGGGUUUGGGAAGGAGGCAGUUCAGAGGCUGGAAGCUACCAAUCAAACUUUUAUUCCAGUGAAAGGGGAUGUGGGAGUCAAGACGCCCCACUCAGGGUGGCCCUGUGACAGCAGCCAGGCCUGCUUGUGUGUGUGCAUUUACCAUGAUUGUGGACACAGCACAGUCUGUGCAAAAUCCGAGCCCAACCGGACACCUGUUCCCUGUGUGCAACCCCCCCCCCAACCCCCAUGACCGUUACCACGGCAGUGCAGAACACAGAACUAUCCAUUCAAACCCAGUGCACUUAUAGAUGGAGUUGGGUGGGAAUGGGGAGGCAUUGCUCCCCCCCCAACAUUGUAUAUAUUGAUAGUGGGGGUGGAGACACAAUUUAAAGGUUUGUACACGCCUGAACAGCUUGAGUCAUGGCCCCUUGGGCAGCCCCCCCCCGCCCCGUUACCCUCAGUCUCCCCUCCCAGAAAGCAGUGGCCCCUCCCUGCAGCACCCAGCUGCUGCUCCUGCCUCUCCCUGCGGGGUGUGGCUAGCAGUUCACCCAGCCUCCAAAGGGGGGGCUACUCUGAGUCAACAGGAAACCCACACGCAGGAGUGAGUCAGCCCUGCACCCACUGCAUGGCCCUGGUUGUGACGAUAUUAAUAUGAACUGGGAUCAUAUAGAUCAUUGUUGCAACCAAGGUCCUGUUGUGGCACCAAAUCUUGUAUAAAU